UUCUUCCUGAGCAGAAGCACGUGAUUAGGCGUGUUUACCUAUGGUACAAUGUAGCGUCUGUGAGACUAUCAACCUCAGCCGAAUAAUCAAUUAUACGGUCACAUUUGGGAUCAGAAGCGGUUAUUGGAUUUUCAUCAGGGCCUUCGCUGAUUAGUAAAUGCUCGAUGCAUCUGAGGAAGGGGAAGUCGUGUGUGUAGUCUGAGGUCGAGCGAGCCAGCCAAGCAGACAGACGAGGGGAAAGAGUGGGCUCUUUUGAGGGAUACUGGACCACCAGAUGAAUUCCUAAAUCUUUGCUGCUAGCCUCAUUAUGGGCGUUAUAGAGGAGACCGAUGUAGAGCAGGUGACCCUGGCUCUUUUGGAUGCUGCCAACGACAGGGAUCCAGUGGUGCAGGAACAGGUCAGGAAGUCCAUCUUGACACUUGGCAACCAGCAGCCUGAUAAAGUCCUGUCCAUGUGCCAGGACUACCUGCUCAAACAUCCCAAGCUGGUGGUCGGGCACAGAGUGUUGAUCUUGCAAACCAUUGAAUUGGUGGUGAAGAGCAGGAUUGAUGACAUCAGUUACCCCAAAAUCAAGAGUGUCAUACAGCUAGCAUCAGAUGAGAUGACUAAAUCGAAGGAGGUUGUCCCGGAAUGGCAGCAAGCAGCCAGUAAUAUUCUGGUUGCUGUGGGAAACAAAUAUAUUAAUGACAUCAUGGAGGAGAUACUCAGCAAGUUCCAGCCUGGAGUUUUGCCUCACUUUUUUGUGGUCCAAACACUAGCCAAUCUCUCGGACUCAAAUGUGUAUGGUAUGGUUCCUUUUCUCAAUGCUAUAAUGGGGACCAUGUUGCCUAUGCUGGGCAUGACCAAACAGGACAACAUGAAAUGGGUCUUCUCUUCUGCUCUCUGCCGCUUCAGUGAGAGCAUUCUAGAAUACCUGGCCAACCUGGACAAGGCUCCGGACCCCACUGUACGUAAAGACACCUUCUCUAGUGAGAUAUACUCAGCCUACGACGUCCUGUUCAACAGCUGGAUCCAGAGCAGAGAGUCCAAGUUGCGUCUGACUGUUGCAGAGGCUCUUGGGUCAAUGAGUCACCUGAUGGCACAUGAUAAACUGGAAGAACAGCUUCCCAAACUCCUUCUCACUAUACUGGGCCUCUAUAAGAAGAAUUCAGAACACUACAUCAUCACCAAGAGCUUAUGUCAGGUCCUGGAGGCCUCUGUGAAUAUGGGCAGCAGAGUGCUGGAGACACAGAUUGAUGUUCUGUUACUCGCUCUGCACCAGCAGGUAUGCUCACCUGUGGACUUCAGCAACCCUCCAACUGUGAAAAAUCACAACGAGGUCCUGCGAUGCUUCACUAUCCUUGCCAACACGUUCCCGGACCGUCUGAUGGUGUUUGUCCUCCAGAGGUUGGAGAACAGUAACGAAAGGAACAGAAUGGGCUCACUGGCUGUUCUCAGACACCUCAUCAACUCAUCCACCUCCAUUAUGGAAACCAAGAAGCUCCUAAUUCUAGCCAGCAUCAGGCAACCUCUGGCUGAUCACAGCAAUAAGGUGAAGAAGAGAGUGGUGCAGGUGAUCAGUGCUAUGGCUCAUCAUGGUUACCUAGAGAUAGAGGGAGGAGACCUACUUGUCCGUUUCAUCAUCCAGCACUGUGCUCUACCAGACACUUACCACCGAGGACAGCGACCUCCAGACCCAGAGGAAGUGAGCAACGAGGCUCUGCGUAGCAUGUGUGAUAACACAUUGCACCUUUUCACUACCACAGUGGGUCGCCUGACAGAUGUUCUGUGGCCUAUGCUGCUUUGCUACCUGACCCCAAAUCAGUACGCCAGCGCCACUACCCCCUUGUGCAAGAGUUUAAUCCUGCUGGCCAAUAAGAAACGAGCAGCCCAAGAAGCCAGCUUCAUCAUCGACUUCAGUGCACAAGGCUCUAGUCUUCCCUCACAAUAUAUCCUGAUGAUAAGGCUCUUGGUGAAUGCCGCGUUCCCGUUUCGAUGCAGGGGGCAAGGUGCUCCCUCCCUGAGUCUGCUCAAUGCUCUCAGCCCUAACAUUCACCCUAAAGCAGAGCCUCUGUGGGAAAACGAGAUUCCAAAGCUGCUCAGUUAUCUUGAAGAAUCAACAGAUGAUUCUUUGGAUAAAAAGAAGUGGGAAGAAAGUUUACUUCAGCUCCUGUCUAAAACUCUGGCAGCUAUUGACGACAGCCAGUGGACAGGUCAGCUUGCAGUAGAAGCCACACGAUACCUUCCUACCUACAACAAUGCUCUGGAGGAGAAGAGUUUUUUGUAUAGGUGUAUCGGUGUGAUUCUGCAGCAGUGCUAUAAUAAAGAGCUGGUCAGGAAACAGCUGCAGGAGAUCCUGAUCAGCGCUCGUCACAAUGAUGCAAUCGAAAGAACGGGUGUUGCCAUGGGAAUCGGGCUGUGUGCCAGCAGUCAUCUCGAUGGCACUCUGGAAAAACUGGAGGAGUUUGGGAAGUCUGACGCCUUCAGGAAAGCUUCCGGGAUAUUUGGUCUUCUCAAAGAUAAAAAUGAUGUUGAUGUGGAGAAAAUGAAGAGCACUCUCAUUUUGUGUUAUGGAUAUGUCGCGUUGCAUGCUCCAGAAGAUCAGCUCCUCACUCGCAUAGACAGUGACAUUCUCCAAAACAUCUCCAAGAACUUCAACACCAAGGUCCUGGGAUUUAAAGUAGAGACCAAGGACCUGACUAUGAAGCUCAGUCUCAUUCAUAGUGUCGGACUCAUUGCCAAGGCCAUCAGACAAAGUGUUCGUAAACAGGGCUUCCUGUUCUCCCGCAAACAAGAGCUGAUGGGCGUUAUGAUGGAUUUCAUAAAAGCAGAACCAACAGAUGUCAUGCGGACCCCUAUUCGCCAUCUUGUUUUGACCACAUGUGCCAACCUUAUAAACUUAAAUCCUCCUUUAACAGAAAAUGAAAACUUUGACUUGUUAAAAACAUGUUUGAAUGGAGUUUAUGGGCUUCCUACUGUGGACACUCCAGACAAGGCUAAAGAUGAAGAAGCCCUGGAUCCACAGCAAAGAGAGGUCUUAUAUUCAGAUACUUUUAAUGCUCUUCAUGAAUUGUUGAGGAAUGUGUUAGCCAGAGACUUAAGUCCUGAUGGUCUACAGUCUGUGUUCAAGCAUAUAGAGAGCUGGCUAAGCUCAGGACAAGACCAUGAGCGGGAGAGGGCAGUAAAGACCACAGCAGAGUUACUGCAGUUCUACUUGGACAGUCUCAGUGUGAAGAAUCUAGUGACAUUCCAUAAUUUGGGAGCUCUUGUGGGACGUCUGGGCCCACGGUGCACAGACCCAAACCCUGAGGUGCGACGGGCAGCCAUAGACUGCAUCUAUAGACUAAUGUACAUUCAGCUGCGCUAUGAAGGCUUUUCACUGGACUACAAGGAUGAUUCAGUUGAGGGCCUGUUAGAUGUUCGCGAGAAGCUAAGCAAUCCUGACCAUUCAGUCUUGUAUAAAACAUGCUCUGAGCUGACUAAGAUCAUCAGUAAGCGUUUGCCCCAGCAGCAGUUGAGCACGCUGUUGUUUAUGCUGUUUGAUGGUUUGGUGGACUCCCAGUCCAACUGUUCCAGAGCAUCCAGCGUGAUCCUCAACACCUUGCUGAAGAACAGAGGUGCUGGCCUGCAGGAUCUGGUGCCAGAGAUGCUGGAGGUGUUGCACAACCGGCUGCAGUUGAUUGGUGAAGAGCAGGUGAAGGCAGCCAUCGGUCAGUCCGUCCUCAUCCUCGCUACACAGCAUCUGCAGACAGUGGUCAACACGCUCGUUGCCUACCCACUACCAUACGACAGCUGGAGCUGUGAGAUGUGGAUGGCUCUAGGAGCAGACAGCACUCUGGCCCUGCAAAUCAUAGAGAUGAUUAUCGAGAAGCUGAAUGUUAUGGUUCCCUAUGUAGAUAAGAAAGAGUCUAUGUUAAGACCCGGUUUGACCAAAGUUGCCACAAGCCAACCACUUGCUAUGACCUGUGCCCUACGUGAGAUGAUGCUGAAUGGCCAGUCAGCUGACGCCGUGGCAUAUGUGUUUCCAAAGCUCUUCAGCUCUCUACUGGUGCGUUUGGGCUCCAGUGUGGGAGUUCAUCUACCUAAAGAUCUCAACAGCAACAGCAUCAUUUCAGACCGCAAAACAAUCAACAAAAUUAAUAUGACCAAUUUUGAUGUGUGCGGGGUGGCAGUGGAGGCCCUGCGGAUCCUGCUGGGUCGAGCUCAGCUGGAUGCUGUCGUGAAACCGUUAGAUCAGGAGGGAGCUUGGGACAAGAUGAAGGACCCGCAGCAGCACACAACAGGAGUCACUCUGCUCUCCAGAGCAAUGGCAAAGCAUGCUGGUCCAAGACUCCCUGCAAUUGUGGAAAAUCUGUGUCCUUCUCUCUGUAAUAUUUAUGAGUGCCAGAGGGUCACAGUCACAGCAUUCUUUUCUGAGCUGCUGAACCACCAUGUAGUGACUGAACUGAUGAUUUUGGACAUGUUGAUGAACAACAUGAUGGAAAGAAUUACUGAUACCUGCGGUACGGUUCGCAUGCUGGCGGUCCGAGGCCUGGGGAACAUUGCUGUGGGCUCCCCUGAAAAGGUGAAUAAAUAUGCAAAGGAGCUUUUAGCAGCCAUGAGUUCAGGUAUGGAAGAAAAGGACGAUCCAGGGAAACUCAUCACACUGGAGGCCAUGUCUGGAAUGUCCAAGAUAUUACUUUACCUGGACCAAAAGAACGUCCAACUGCUUGUGGUUUAUAUCUUCAUGAAGAUUAAACCAUUUCUGGAGAAUGAAAACGAUGAGAUCCGUUGUGCUUCCAUCAUGCUCCUGGGGAACCUGUCGAAGUUCGGCUCGGGUGAGCCUGUCUUUAAAGAUCAGAUCCACAAUGUUCUGGUCAGCUUGCUGUUGCAUCUCAGUGAUCCCAACCCUCAAGUGGUCAAGGCAUGCAAGUACGCCAUGCGCAUAUGUGCUCCAGUCAUAGGUUCAGAACAGAUCUCUGCCAUGUUCCAGAAACAUCUUCUUGAGGAGAAGGGUCUGCAUUAUGGAGAGUUCAUUAAUGACCUCACCAAAUACCUAAUCCAGGAUUUUCCAGGCAUGCUGAACUUCUACCACAUCACAGUCAUUCAGUUCUUCAAGAGUAACUGGGCUGAGAUCAGAGCCAGUGCUGCCAUGUUUAUUGGGUUUUUGCUGGGGAACCUUCAUGAUGAGCAUUUCUCCCAUAUGAACAUGGGGUCAGUGACCAAAGGUCUGGUGAUGCUGCUGCAGGAUCCAGAUCCUCUCGUGCGGGUGAAAGCCGCUGAAGCCAUGGGUCAUUUUCACUGACGUUACCCUCCACUCUAUAGCCAAUCAGAUUAGUCUUUGAUUUUUGUUACUUUGAAUAAGGAGGAAGCUUUGAAUUGUUGUGUUAUAACAAGCUUUGAAAGGUUUUUAUUAUUGACCAAAGACUGUGCACUUAUUCUGUAAGAAAAGAGAAGAAUAAAACGGAGGAGACAUUUAUUGACGUUA